CCCAGGUCUGCACCAUGCAUUCCAGCCAUCAAUAGUCCAAUAAGCUGACUACAGUGUGCGUAUGGCCCUUUGCCAUGUGUGGUAGUCUCGAAAUACCCCACCACUCAGCGAUCCCCAUGAGGACAGGACUACCGUUAUCAAAAUGCUCGCCGUGCUUAGCGUCGCCUGGGGGCGUCCCACGCGGACAUGGGCUGAUUGGUGCAGUGACUCUUCUUCUUGGCCUAGGGCGCUGGGGUUGAGCUAUUCUUCCCCCAGAAAAAUGGCGUGUCAGAGAGUUAUAUAUCUGGGGCAGACUCCGCCCGUUCUUUCUUCCCCAAACUUGUGGGUUGCUGAACGUUUCCUCCUGGCCUGAUCGAACUCCCCCCUCCCCUCUUCCCCUUGAUUGGAAUCGCAUUGAGCGAAGCACUUGGUUGUCCCUCAAAAUCCUCACCAAUAGGCUCAGCCACCUGGUGUCCAGCGUCAACAGCGCUGCUUUCUCAACAAUCCCCGGCGUUUAUAUAGUAGAUUGAUUUCAUUCUACAUUCGUCAAAAUGGUUGGUCGGGUUAGCUCUAAGCGGGCUUACAACUGGUUCGUGUCUUUGGUCGCCGCGGCCUGCAUGGUGUUGUACGGUUACGAUGCCUCCGUGUUCAACUCCGUCCAAGGCUCCAAGAAUUGGGUGGCCUGGUUCAAUAACCCCAAUUCUGCGCUAAUCGGAUCCAUCAAUACUGCGUAUACCGUCGGUGCUAUCUUUGGAGGUUUCUUCUGCGGUGGUCCCAUCGCCGACUAUGCCGGCCGUAAGAUCGGAAUGGCGACGGGCUGUGUCCUGGUUAUUAUUGCUACAUUCAUGCAGACCUUUGCCCCCCGUCACAACCUUGCGUGCUUUAUCGGUGGUCGUGUUCUCAUUGGUGUUGGUCAGGGUAUUGCCUUGACGGCUGGCCCCAUCUAUAUCGGCGAACUGGCUCCUUCUGAAAUUCGUGGUCAGAUCAUGACUUUCUGGCAGAUGUUCUACUCAGUCGGAUCUUUCAUUUGCUUCUGGAUCAAUUACGGUUGCACCAAGCACAAGCUCAGCCUGGGUGAGUGGGAUUGGAAGUUGGUUGUCAUCUUCCAGCUUAUGGUUCCCAUUUUGAUUCUUGUUACACUCCCGACCAUCCCUGGUAGCCCUCGAUGGUUCAUCAAGCAUGGUAACAACAUUGAAAAGGCCCGUGCCGCCCUCCGACGCGUGCGAGACACCGAAGAGGAGGUUGAGGACGAGAUCUUGCAGAUCCGCGAGGCCAUCGAAUACGAGAAGGAGGCGAUCUCCGGCAACUACAGUGCUCUGUGGAAGGACAAGUCUCUUCGCAAGCGCAUGUACCUGGCUUUGAUCCUCAACGCUGGUCAGCAGAUUACCGGCCAGGGCUCGCUCAACUCCUACUCUACCAAAAUUUACUCCAAAAUUUUCACCAGCAGCAGCCAGAUUGCUCUCAUCAACGCUCUCAACGCCACCUGUGGUAUUCUCUUCACCUUGAACGCCAUGUGGAUCGUCGAUCGCUUUGGACGAAAGAUUCUUCUGAUUGCUGGUGCUAUUGGUAUGGGAAUUUGCAUGAUCAUCGUUGCUGCCGUCGAAACCGAGACGCCGACUGGGGCAAACGGAGCUAAAACCGAACCUGUCGGUAUUGCGAUCGUGUUCUUGCUAUUCCUGUUUAUCUUCUUCUAUAAACCAUCUUGGGGUGCCACCGUAUGGAUUUGGACAUCGGAGAUUUUCUCGAUGAACGUCCGCGCCCAAGCUGUCGGUAUGGCUUCGCAGACCCAGAACGUCGCCAACACCAUCUUCCAGCAGUUCUUCCCCAUCUUCCUUGACCACGAUGGCUUCUACGCCUUUUACUUCUUCGCUGGUAUCAACUUCUUGCUGGCCGUCUUCGUCUUCUUCUUCAUUCCCGAGACUAAGAAGGUUACCCUCGAGGAGAUUGAUACUCUGUUCGGUGGUGCCAAUCACGUUGUACAGGGUGAAGAGGUUCUGGCUCACCAGAAGGCUGCGGUUAUUCAGGCUCCUCACGAAGUAACUGAAAAGCCCGGCUCGGUUACUGUUGAGAAUGUUGAGCGCAAGUAGAGGCUGUAUGACAAUAUGCGGAGUGAAUGGAAGCGGCUUCAUUCUUGUUUGAAAAUUUUAAUCGGAGAUGAUUGAUUGCUGGACUCAUACAUAGUGGAUUGCCAGUUUUAAUACAUGCGCUGAGCGCGAUUCGGAG